UGCGCAGUCGCAUUACUUCAUCAACAUGGCGCUGGCGAAGUCCGUCUACAAUCUGCUCUUCAGGAGGACGUCAACCUUCGCUAUAACCAUCAUGGUUGGAGCCAUCUUCUUCGAGCGAAUGUUCGACCAGGCCGGCGACGCUUUGUUUGAGCAAAUGAACCGAGGGAAACUUUGGAAACACAUCCAACACAAGUAUGAGAUCAAGGAGGACGAGGAAUAAGACUGAGCUCCGGGGUUAUCUAAGGCAGAGGUGCAUCUGUUGUCACACUUCCUCUAUCCAUUCUCCCUGGACUCAACGCCUGGAUCAAACAUCAGUCAACAUGGACAAUGUGGUCAGAGUCAUGCUCAGGCGGGCAGCGGCUACCAGAGGACCUGUGGGAGCUGAUGGAUCGUUCAGAUCACCAUCAAGAUGGAGCAAAGUUCCUGUCAUCUCGUCCCCUUCUCCCUGUUAUUGUUUGUAAUGCUUCUCAGAUUGUAAAUGGUUAAAUUAAACAUGUGGUAAUGUCUUACAGAA